AUGACGAACGGUCACGGUUUGAAAUGUGUGCGCUUGUUUAUGCUUUGGUUUGCGCUCUCAACGCUUCGGUACUCUUCGCCUGCGGCGCUCUUUCCACGCAAACACCUCGCGACGCAACAUGACCAUCGUCAAGCAUAUUUCGAUCGUCUGGAGUGGAGCACAGCGGCGGCACUCACUCGCGGAUUCGCUAAGCCUACCCGCUUCGGCCCGAACCCGUCACCGGCGAAGAGCCGGACGUACUGCCGCCCGACCUCCGUCCUUCAACCUCAUGUGUGCUUGAUUCUGCUCUGUGCUGGCGAUGUACCGCUCAACCCCGGACCGUGUCCUACUUGCCCUCGCUGCUGCAGGCCGCUCUACGACAGCGUGGCGGCAUUACAAUGCGACGGGUGCAACAUCUGGGUCCACAGGAAAUGUGAGCAGCUCUCACUGCCUACCUAUCGGCGUCUGUCGAACUGCACAGAACCAUGGUACUGCGGCGUGUGCCAGCUGCCAUCGUUUGACGACAGCCUGUUCGAAGCGCCGAAGCAGCCUGCACUAACGGCGAUCGCAUCACCUACCACAGCCGGAGACAGACCCAGCCCGACCGUCCCGACUGCGUCAACGAGAAGGAAUGCAAAGCAAUUGAAAAUUUGGUACUCCAACGUAAGAUCAGUGAGAAACAAGAUAAAAGAGUUAAACACUUUACUUCAAUCAACAGACGACACUGUGUUUACCCUCGCCGAAACAUGGCUGGACUCGGCGACAUGCGACGGCCAGAUCGUCGACACCACCCGGUACCAGGUGUUCCGGAAAGAUCGCUCGACGUCCCGCGGGGGUGGGGUCAUGGUGCUCGCCCCAUCCCACCUUGCUUGCCGCCGCCGAUACGACCUCGAACAGGAUACAUUGGAGGCCAUCUUCGUAGAAUUUCGGAACUCCCGGAGCAAAUUUCUCCUAGCCUGUAUUUACAUUCCCCCUCACGAACAAACACUGGUAUUCGAAAGCCUCCAAAUUUCCAUCGACAGACUUGUGGAACAGCGCUCAUCGUACACAAGCAUCUACCUGCUUGGAGACUUUAACGUGCACAUCGAUUGGAGUGAUCUCUCGUCCCCCAUCCCGUCCACCCCAGCGUCCCAGCAGCUCCUCGACAUGAUGGAACCUGCUGGAUUUGUCCAGCUGUGCAACGACCCCACAUACCGGUCGCCAGCAGGAAAGGAGUCCCAACUCGACCUGUGUUUCACCACAAAUCCCACUCUCGUAUCAGACUGCUACGCCCAGGACAGUUUACUUGGAUGUGAUCACAAGGCCAUACAUAUCCAUAGUUACACCUCAUUUCCCCGCCAGGGUCGCUUUGCCCGUAUGGUACACCGCUAUGCGCAGACAGGCUUUACCCACCUCUGCAAGCUCCUCCACCUUGCCCCAUGGUCAAUGGUGCUGACUGAACCCUCUCCAAACGACAUGUACGAGCUCUGGCUCGACUUUAUGGCCGCUAUUCAAGCCGAAACUGUCCCUCAUUUUCAUGCCUCCAAGAGGAGAAGGCCGCCAUGGAUAUCCAACGACAUCGUAAAGAUCGCACAAAGAAAGCGCCAACUCUUCAACAGAGCACGGGAACGACACUGCCAGUCCAGCUACACUGAAGCCAAGAAAUUGCAGAGGGAAGUAAAGAGGCUCGUGCACAUAUCGCAUCAGGAUUAUGUCACGAGUAUCGCAGCCCGAGCAGCCAAAGAGCCCAAGUUAUUCUGGGCCUAUUCCCCUCAAGACCACCACCAGCACCAACCUCAAUCAUCGACAGCCCUGCAUCAUCCCCUCAGCCCAUUCUCUCGUCACUAUCAAUCACAGAACAGGAUGUACAUGACUCAGUGUCCUCCAUCCGCACAGCCCAGAACCCUGGGCCAGACCAAGUGCAUCCUGCAUUUUUCAAGCUCUCUGCCCCUGUAA